CUCACGACCACUUCGUCCAAAGAGUCCACGCACCAUACGCCACCACCUCCGCUUGCAUCGACACCGCCUACGAUUCACGACCGCUACCUUCAGCUCGCUCCAUCCUUUCAGCUCACUCCAACAUCUCUCGUGGACAUUCUUGCAUCGAGCGACGAAUUUGGCAUCUCGCGUAAAGCACUGCUCAUCGACAUUUACACCUUCAAAUGGCGCCGCCGUCUUCUUUCGCAUCAGCCGCGGCUGGCAAUUCCUCCUCCACACGUGACUCCGCCAGCGACAGACUACCGAGAACGAACGGCGCGACGCAGACCUUCCGGCGACCUUCAGGCGCUACCAAUGGCCCCAACUCGAAUCAGAACCCGGCCGCAGUCCGAACAGCGCCAUAUGUCCCUCCCUUCCGCACCAACGGCACUACACCGAGCACGAAAUAUACCAAGGAAGAAAUGCUCGGCAUAUACGAGGUGUUGCAGUCCAAGCAGGGCGCGUUAACUGACGGGCUGGCUACGCAUCUGGUCGGUGGCUGGCAGCCCGACAUCACAAACGGUGCCGCAGCGGGGUGGGGUAGAGGCGACAACCACCGCGACACACUACCCGGUCCAGAUCUUGCGUGGGACAGAGAGGGCACGAGCGAACCUUUGGGACUGGUCGAGAUGGACGACGAAGAGCGAGAGCUCUUCAAGACCUCCGUCAAUAACCCCAUCAAACCCACGAGUAAAGACGGCCAACAAACGAACGGUGCAACAGGACGAAAGAUUAGUAUCUCGACUGGUGCAACCACUCCCGGCGGCUUUGGACCUAUGUCGCCAAGCGUUGCGAGAGCGGCAGGCCGUCGUAGAGAGACGAGCGAGUCAUAUCCCUUCCCGCAAAAUGUAUCUUCUCCUGGCGGCUUCACUGAGCAUCGAGCACCUUCGCCUCCCUCGGCGUUGACGCGGCGUAGGACCGAACAGAAUUUGAACAAAGCUGAGGACAAGGAUGCUGACGAUAAACCUGCCGCCUCCCAAUACGGCUCGGUCAGACGUAACCCGAUCGCGCCGCACUCUGCUGGACUCAAUGGCCCCUCUUCCCCUUCUCCCUGGUCCACUGGUCCUGGCCCACAAGGCGCGGGCCUCGCUCCGAUGGGCUCCUUUGGCAGUUUUGGCGUGAGUAGUAGUACUGCUCAGCAAGCUGCGCCAGGAAGCAAGGGUGGAGCGGGUCUGGGCGGAAGGUCUGAGAGCAGGUUCAAGAAUCUUUUGAGCAAAGAUGGAGGCGAAGAUGGAGGCGCGAAAAGUGUGGAGCCGAAACCUAGCAUUCCCGGUCUGGGCAGAGUCGUCGAAAAUGAGUCGUGGCGCGCGGCAAAUCGAGGCGAGCACGCAGACGACAGUCAAGAACAGAACGAUGAUGACUUGCCCACUGGCAGCGCUGCGCUCGCGGCCGAUGAAGACAUCAGUGAUUCUCAGCCUAGACAAGGGUACCAGGGCUUCGGCACCCCCAGCCGCCAAGCCGCACAUGGCGAUUUCGGAUUCGGAGCGUUUGGCAUGACUACUGACAAUACGCACGGCUUCGGUCAAAACUACGCUGGAUCUCGAGACGGAUUCCAGCAGACCCCUGCGCAUCAGCGUAUGGGUCUGCAGCAAGCUAGCGGACACGAACCAAUGAGUCCCACUGAUACGAACCCUUACAAGUCCCCCGAACAACAUGGCGCAGAUCGCCCUGGCGAGAAUAACGAGGGGGAUAAUAGCGAUGUGCCCAAUACACAUCUACCUGGACUGGGCCAUUUUGGAGCAGAUCCAACGCAGCAGCACUCGCAACCACCACUUGGCGGUUUGGGCGGCCUAGGACCAUUGCCAAACCUCGGCCGUCCGCUGACUCAGGGACCCGCAAGUGACAGGAGUCAGACUUCCAGUACAGGACCGCAGCGUGGCUUCUCUGGUGGGUUUGGUGGGCUUGGCCAAUUGGGAGGACUUCCAGGCGCAUCGGCAUGGCCCGCUUCGCAAGGCGGGCUUGGUACGCCUGGGAGGCACAACGCAGCGAUGAACGCCUUCGGACCAGGCAUUUUCGCAAACUCCUUGGGUGAUAUGGGUUCGCCAGGUCUAGCGGGUCUCGGUGGGUUUGGCGCGCAAGGGGGCUUCGGUGGCGGCAGAAUGGCCAGCAUGUUCCCGCCUCAGAUGCAAGAUCAAAUGCGUCAUAACGAUGGUCACCAUGAUCGGGAUGGCAGUCACGACCGAACAGCGCAGUUCACCGGGCUUGGUGACUUUGGGCGAUCCUCAGAGAGUCCAUUCGCAAAUCAAGGCUUCAACGAUGGCCAGCCAGGCAAAUUGCAGCAUGAUACUGCGGACCUACAUCACCAACAAAGCCAGCAUCAAUUGCACGAUCAAGCGCAGCAGCAGGGCCAGAAUCAGCCGCCUGGUAGCUCUGCUUCAAACCAGCCACCCGCACCUCAACAACGCACAAUGGUCAUGCCUGAUCGAAUGCGCUGGAUUUAUCGCGAUCCUCAGGGUCAGACGCAGGGUCCUUGGUCAGGUCUCGAGAUGCAUGACUGGUACAAGGCUGGCUUUUUCUCACCUGAGCUCCUCGUCAAGAAGUAUGAAGAUCAGGAUUACGAGCCACUUGCGCAGCUUAUACGGCGCAUCGGCAAUUCUCGUGAGCCUUUCCUGGUUCCUCAAAUUGGCAUUCCGCACGGCUCGGCAGCACAAUCUGGUCCCAACGCAUGGGCAGGAGCGAUUGGCGGAGGUGCCGGUGGCAAUCCGGCCACUGGCAGUGCGCAGCCGCCUUUCGCAAACAGCUUCCCAAGCUUCGGUACUACUCUCACUGCGGAGCAGCAGAAUGCGCUUGAGCGCAGGAAGCAGGAGGAACAGUAUCUCAUGGCACGACAGAAGGAACAUCUCGCGCAAGCUCAAAUGUCAGUGCGUAUGUCACACAUGGGAGCUCAAGGCGCAGUCGGCCUCCCUGGUCAAUUGCACCACCACAGCAGCGCUCAUAGCUUGCAGUCUCAGCCAAGCUUCGGCAGCAUCCAGAGCCCUGCAAACUACCAACCAAGUCCCAGUCAAGGACCAACGACUGGUGCUGCUGGCGGGGCUGGCUUCUUUGACAACACCUUCAACAGACCACAGGCGGCUGGCCUUGGUGCUGUAGGCGCGCCUUCACUUGGCCAUAUCAGAGAGGAAGAGAUUCCAAAUCUUCUCAACCGUAUGAAUGUCAAUGACAAUCGCCAACAGUCUGGCCAAUUUGGUGCACCAGGACAACCGUUUACCGGUCAGCUGCAGCAACAGCCGAGGCAGCAAGCUGAGCAGCACGAGGGCAAGGUCCAGCAAUUGAUGCAGGAUCGUGCGAAAUUGCAACAGGAGCAGGCCGAGCAUGAUGCCAAAGAUGAGGCAAACGAGAUGGAGCAGGCUCAGGCCACACAAGAACGUCUUGAGCAAUUCCAGCAACUGCAGGGCCAGGCACUUCAGCAGUCAGCUCAGCAAGCACAGGUGAAUCAGGCCAAGGCUGCAGCUGCAUCUGCUCAGUCCGAUGAGGAGGAUGCCGCUGAAAUCGCGGAGCCCCAGGCGCCACAGGACCGCCAACAGGAGCCUCUCUCGCUCACAGAGCAAGUGCAAAAGGCAGCUUCUGCCAAACACUCCCCACAGCCACAGCAGCCUGGCCUGCCCCAGCCAUUCCCACCCGCACCAUCUCAGUCCCCACUUCCAGCUCCAGCUGCUCAGCGUGCCGGUAGGCAGAGCGUCGCCGAUCAGCUGCAGACUGAUUCGCGUGGUCUCUCACAAAGCCCAUCAGUCGACACGCCCAGCGCCACCGUUGCGCCAUGGGCAAAAGAACCCGCAGAGGCGCCCAAGGGACCAUCCUUGCGCGAGAUCCAGGAAGCUGAAGCGAGGCAGGCGGAGCAACAAGAGGCGCUCGCUUCUGCCGCCCGCCGUGCUGCUUUCCAGAAAGAGAUGGAGGCGCAGGCGCAAGUCGCAGCUCCAGCUCUUGGCAUCCCGACAUCAGCUACUUGGGGCGCUCCUUCCCCCGCCACUCCAACUGGCGGCGCGCCCGCGGCGUGGGCGAAAACCGCUCAAAAGCCAAGCGGCGCAGCGGGUUCGAAGACACUCGCCCAAAUUCAGAAGGAGGAGGAGUCCCGCAAGCGCAGGAAUGCUGCUCAAGCUCAACAGCAAGCAGCCCUCGCGAACGCAAUGUCCGGUGUCGCUGCGCCAGCUGGUGGAAAGAGUUACGCGAACCUAGCUGGAAAAGUGAAUGCCCAACCUCCUCAAAUCAGCACCGGCAACAGUGCCUGGACUACUGUCGGAGCUAGUGGCAAGGUCAAGACUCCAGCUCCUGUGACGCCGACGGCUCGCACUGUCAGUGCCGGCGUCGUGCCCACUGUACAGCCGCCUGCAGCAUCUCGAAGACAGCCUGUUAGGAGCACGACUUCGGGAGCAGCCGCCAUCAAUGCCCAAGAUGAGUUCAAGAAGUGGGCAACCAACGAGCUUCGUCCUGACCUUGCCAAGGGUAUUAGUGUUGAGGACUUCGUCUCUGGUCUCUUUAAUCUGCCGCCAGACAACGAGAUCAUCACCGAAGCAGUCCACGCCGUGUCUAGCACAAUCGACUCGCGCCACUUCGCUGAAGAAUUCAUUCGCCGCAAGCGCCUGGCCGACAAGGGACUUAUCGACACUGCUAUUCCCAAGAGCGCCAGUCCCGCUAAUGGUGCUAGUGCUGGAGGCUGGAGCGAGGUCGCGAAGAAGUCAGGCAAGGAGACACCGAAGGAAGAUCUCACUGGUAGUGGAUUUGCUAUCAAGCAGAGCAAGAAGCGAGGAGGUCGCAAGUAGGAGAACUCCUCCAGGCACUUCUGGUCUUGCAAAGUAUUUGACGAAUCAGCGGAUUUGAGUAAGGCAUGAAUGUUGUGAGCGAUGCUACGAUGACAUUGAUUGGCCGCUUGAGGCAUUACUUGAGCACAGCAGCGUUGUUUGUCGGCAUUCGUUUUGAAGGAUCAGUGGUGUUCUGUACAGCAUCAGCAUUUUGGAACUGUAAGAUGUCCUCACUACUCAAAGCUUUGCACACCGAUUCCAGGUUCAUUUUUCACAUGUCCAUAUCUCUCACAAGCCAAGCACGAUUCCACGCUCCUGCAGUAGUACCAAAC